AAUAAAGGAAAAUUUACAUUACUCCUGGAAGAUAAAUCUGAUCAAAACAACCAGGUACCUAUUUAAAUUGACUGAAGCUGUUCCCUUAUCUGCAUGAAAAGGGACUGAUGGGUGUGUACUAAUAUAAGGACACAAUUGCCUAUAACUAACAAUUAUGCUCUACCUGAAUUUCUAACUUUAGAGCAGUGUUUAAACAUGGACAGGUCACAGAACACCAAUAACAAAAUACAGUUAAUACUCUAAAUACUGCCACUAGUUUAAAAGUAAACUUUUUACUGUUAUGGUGUUACAAACAGGAAGAACGCCUAGUUAAAAAAAAAAUAAAUCUACUCUCCUAAAAAAAGCCUAUGACGUAAACAAUGAAUGCACCAGUUGAACUUCGACUCACAACACACAUCGUGAAAACAGACAGCUGUGCCUAUCCCUUAAAGUACUGUAGAGCAAGAAUGAAAACCUACACUCUGAAAUCCCACAAAGCUGAAACCUGUCAUGACUCUUCCAAAUACGGGAGAAGCAAGAGGAAGAGAGAGAGUGAGACAGAUCUUGAACCCAUCUACCUGGUUUAUCACAGUACCCUACAAAACAAUCCUGUCAACUGCAUGGAGCAAAAAAGCCUUCAAGAUGAACUAACUUGUGCCAUAUGUUUAAAUAUUUACAAAGAUCCAGUGGUGAUCCCCUGCCAGCACAGCUUCUGCUACGAGUGCAUCAAGGAAUAUUGGAUACAGAAGUCUUACGACUGCAGUUGUGAUUGCCCUCAGUGCCGAAUGAAAUUUGAAACGCAGCCAAGCUUGGAGAAAAACUUCACCUUGUGCAACAUAGUCAACCAGAUUCAACCCAGCAGCCCAGGCCCAGAGACACCAGACAUUGUGUUGUGCGAUUUCUGUGUGGACGGCACCACAGCAGCAACAAGGAGCUGCCUGAAGUGUGAGACUUCCUUCUGCUCACUACAUUUACAGGCACACCUUACCCGACAAAACCUCAAGGAACACACACUGAGCAGACCUGUUGCAAGCUUUUCAGAGAGGAAAUGCUCGGUACACAGCAAGGUGUUUGAGUUCUACUGCAAGGAAGAUGGCUGUUGUGUCUGCGCCUCGUGUAGCGUCCAUGGGACACACAGAAAUCACACUUUACUGAGCCUGGAGGAAGCAGCUGUGACUGCCAUGGUGCUUUUAAAAGAUGAAGUGAAAAAUCUUAAAAGUUUAAUGUCAGACUUGCGGAAAAUGAAGCUACACCUGAAUAAGAUGGAGGCAGAUGUACUGACUCAAGCUGAGAGAUACAGAAGUCGAAUAUUACUGACAUACAGUGAAAUCCAGAAGCAGACAAAAGAGGAUGAGCAGUUUUUGUUGCAGCAGAUUAAUCUUCAAAAGCAAGAAGUGAUUUCUAAGAUUGAACAACAUUGUAAGCAGGUUGAUGCAGUAAUGCAGACCCUCAAAGAAAAGGAGAAAGACAUUCAGGACAACUUGGCUGAUGAGCCACUGUCUCUUAUACAGGCUGUCGAUCCUUCCACCUACCAGGCAGCUGAGAUUGAAAGCUUUCCUGAUCCUCCAGAUGAUCUAAAACUACAUGAGAGCAAAUUCCUCAGCAUCCUCAGAGAACGAACCCAGCAGCAUCAUGGCUAUUUAACAGCAAUAUGGCACAUCUUGAAUUGCCAGAGUUUAACUUUUGAUCUAAACACCGUCCACACCAAUCUAACUGUCUCCCAGGAUCGUAAAACUGUCACUUGGUCAGAGUCGAAACAGUCAUAUUCACCACAUCCAGAGAGAUUUACCUAUGAUUCACAGGUCUUGUGCUCAGAAUGUUUCAACUCAGGAAUCUCUACCUGGGACAUCAAGAUCAGCGGAGAAUAUUUCAAGAUAGGCAUUGCUUAUCAGAAACUGGAAAGGAAGAAACUCCUGACGUCCAUCCUGGGUCAAAAUUCAGCAUCCUGGUGCAUCUGUUCUCUGAAAGGGGAAUUUAAAGCUUGGCACAACAAUAUCUGCACCUACUUUACUCCUACCAAAGGUCUUCAACACAUUCGUGUUUGUUUGGAUUAUGAAGGUGGAACACUGUCUUUCUACCAGGUCGCUAACACUCUGCGUCAUCUGCAUACCUUUAAUACUACUUUCUCUGAGCCUGUGUAUCCGGCCUUCAAGUGUGGGGAUGACACAACUAUGACGCUGUGUUAGUCUUCAAGAGUUGUGCGUAAACAAUAUGUAAACUCACAAACACAUCACUGCUAAAAUGUCAGUGCAGGAGAUUCCAAUUUUACCAAAGGUCUGUCUGGUGUGGCCCAGAAACUAAUGCACUGGCAUUCAAACCGUAAAGCGACAAGAUGGCUCCCUGCGCCUCACUGCGCUUACCCUGCCAUGACCACUUGUUAAAAAGCAUAAUGGAAUCAAUUCAAUUACAGAGCUUUUUUCCUGACAUGGCGUUUGUUCUAGAAAGGCACUAUAUGAAACAAAGGGUAUUUGUUUCUAAUAGAAAACUGUUUUGAAUAUGCUCACAUAUUACACAUUUAUCUUCUGCUCUAGGAGAGAAGUACAUUUUUAAUAAUAAUAAUGCAAACACUAUUUUAGUUUAUGUGUGAUAACUGUUUAUAAUUCAUACAGUCAUAACGGUUCAUAUGGAAGAUAAUAACUACAACCUAGAAGCUUGUGAUGCAGCCUUGCAGCUCAUGUCCAGAGCAGUCAUACAAUACAUUAAGUUCUGCGCCAAAGCUGUCGAUACUUUGUUAGGAAAAAAAAAAAUCUUGAUUCCCAGAGUGCUCUUGAUCCUUUGUUUACUUUGGCACGAGGACACAAAGGCUCUCCGAACUCCAGCAAGUAUAUAAGAAAUCUAUUUAACAAAGACAUCUCGGGAGCAUAACUUGCAAGACAUUAGUUCUGCAUUGUAAUCACAGAUAUGCUAAAUUUUAUUUGUUCAAAUAAAAUGUUUUAUAAGUAUGAAUAUACAAGAGCAUCUUUAGCAUAUAACUGAUAACAUCACAUUUUUUAGGCAAGGAAAUUAGCUUCAAAAGGUGAAGUAGGAUGAUCUAAAGGUUAGUAAUGGUAUAUAUUUACAGAUUCGAGACUCAACGUCGGUCACAGCUUCCUAGGGAAAUGUCUGCACACUUUAAACCACACAGACCAGUCAGUGUCUUCUUCCGCGAGUCACACUCCCAUACACACUGAUAGUGCUGUAUUUCAUUCACCAAGGUCUGUUAUAUGGCAGCACGUUUGAACAGAGACUCGCCUUAAAAAGACAGCAUCCUUCCACCACCACCAUUUUCCACACACGCAGCAGCGGUUGUGUCACUUCUCUCUGUAGUUACCAUCACCAACGUCCGUUAGAUAGCAGCACAGUUCAACACAGACGCUCUUUACUGUGUAAUGCCACUCGCCUUUGUGUCAAGACUCUCUAUCCAAAUAUUAUUGAAGCAACUAUCAUGACAAGUUGCGCAAGACGUAAAGAUGUUUUCAUAUCAAGAAUACCGCUGAUUCCAAAUGAUUUUCCCUUUGAUUUCAAACUGCUCCAAUUUCCUGUUCGUUUGGCUUUUGCUGUGUCAAUUAAUAAGGCUCAAGGGCAAUCACUACAAGUUGCGGGCAUCAAUUUCGAGAAUCCAUGCUUUUCACACGGACAACUGUACAUCGCAUGUUCUAGAAUGGGCAAUCCUCCGAAUUUGUUCAUUGUCUCACCACAAGGGAAAACAAAACAUAUAGUGUAUUCAAAGGCUCUGGAAUGAGCACUUAUAUUACCUCUUACAAAAAAAUGUGAAUCAGAAAACUGUUCUAUUUCUAUAUUCUGUGUCUUUCAUUUCGGAAAUUCACUGGUUAUAUAUGGUGAAUUUGUGACACCAAGUAAGAGAGAUACUGGGUCCAGUUCCACUUAAUGUACUGGCACACAUCCCUCCAGGACUGUUGCACUUUAGCAGACAGCGAGUGACUUUGCCUGCAGCUCUUUACCACUUUGGACACAGUGCAGCAUCUGCUCUGAAUGGACUUCGAAGACCAGGAGACACAUGUGCAAUGUAGACCAUCAGUGCUGAACUAACAGAUUUGUUCUCUUAGGUCUCCUUUGUCAUUGUCACAGACUUGACCCCAUAACUAUUCCGACACUUGAUCAUUCAGGCCUCUCAUGUAUUUCUUUUGUUUUUAUAUAUUUUGAAGCUCAUUUAUUGUUACAUCAAUAUCUAAUGUACUCCAUUCAAGAAAUAAAAAAAAAAAA